UACCGGCUCUGGCUGGAGGUUGGACACAUCGUGAUCGUGAAGCCUUCCUCUCCCUGUCAUCUGCGCUUGGCGGGAGAGGCAGGCUCGUUUUCGUCUUCUUCUGCUCGAAAGAAAGAGAACAGCGGAACAGCAGAGGCUGCAGGUCUUCCAAUUCCAACCUCAAGGUCAAGGUGGAAACGAAUCGGAAGCCGGAAGGGAAGCCAGUACAGUACGAGAAGCUCCCAGAUUACUCACGAAGGCUCGCCAUGCCGCCAAUCAAGGUAUACGCACACAGGUGGUCGUCACCCUCCCGUGCCGUCAUCAUCUUCUGCAGGGUGAACAAGAUCGAUUUCGAGGAGGUCACGGUGGAUCUGUUCAAGUCUCGGCACCGCACCCCGGAAUUUAAAAAGAUAAACCCAAUGGCACAAGUGCCUGUAAUUGUGGAUGGAAGGUUUAAACUGUUUGAAAGGUAUCCUACAGACUUGUUUAGCAGAGCCAAAAUUGAGUCGAUCUUGGAUUGGCAUCACUCAAAUUUGCAUUUUGGUGCAGGAACCUUUGUAUACUACACUGCACUGGCACCUUUUCUUGGUUUUAGGCCACGUCCAGAGACUACAAAACAUGCAGAAAAAUCGCUGAUGCAAUCCCUGGCAAGGAUUGAAUCUGUAUGGCUGAAAGGUGACGCCAAGUUCUUACUGGGUAGAUCCCACCCAUCAAUCGCAGAUCUAAUCCUUGUUUGUUCGAUAAUGCAUUUGGAGGUUCUUGAUGAUGAUAUGCGGAACAGAUUUUUGGGAGGUCGUAAGAGGAUCCUCGCUUGGAUCGAUAACGUGAAGAAAGCCACGAGUCCUCACUUUGAGGAAGCCCAUGUAUUCCUCCUGGAAGUGAAGGCACAGAUGCAAAGCAAGGCUGCCGCCGCCGCCACGGCCGCAAAACAGGGUGGUUCGGAGGCAAGCUCAGAGCUCAAAUUUUCGUCGAAGCUCUGAUAGAUCGUGUUGAGAGAAGCGAAGACAGUUCAGUAUAGAUAGAUAGAAAGAAUAGUAUAAACAAUGAAAAGAGAGAACUCGUUGUGUGUCCAGCAUUUUGCUGCCUAUGUACAGCUCCACUCCAGAUUUCAGUUUUAUGUUUCAUUUUGGCUAAUAUAGCGGCAAAAUGUGCCUAGGCAUGCCCUAGAUUGAAUUA